AAUAUAAAAUAACCAAUUUGCAAAUACGCACAAAUGCUUGUAAAUACAUUUCCAUUAUGAAAUAAUAUUAGUAAAUGGCUAUUUAAAUUUAUAUAACUAUGCUGAACCAUAAUUAUCGCAGUCAGGGCUGGACUUGGACACGUUGGGGAUUUCACAUCAGAAGUUUUGGCAAUUGCUGUUUAAUUGCCCGAUCAGUAUUCUAUAUUCAACUAAACUUUAACCUUAGUGCAGUGUCAAUGGCCCAAAAUAUGGAAUUAUAUGUGACAUUGGCCCCAAACAGCAUUCGAUUGCAACAAUGAACCUUUGCUAGGUUUUCUGGUCAUGCGUGGCUGGCACAAUUAAGUGGAUUGGAUUGGUCUCUGCGUUCCAUUAGAGGAUGCCAAGCUGCGUGGGACAUAUAAAAUAGACUGUGUGUCUCCAAUCCAAUCAUUCGGUUAACCACAGCAAUGUCGCCAAGUCUGAUUUUGUUAGUUUCUGUUGUGCUCGGUUUGGCGUUGAGCCCUCAAAGUGCGCUGGGCCAGACAAUCGACUGUCAGAGACCACCUCAACUUGUGGAUCCAUCACUCUGCUGCAGGGACGGCGGUCGCGACCAGAUCGCAGAGAAAUGCGCCCAGCGGAUUAUAGGAGAGGGAAAAGGCUUGCCAUCGCUGGAAACUGCCACAUGUCUGGCUGAGUGCAUCCUCAACACGUCACAGUACAUUCAAGAUCCACAGAAGCUGCACUUGGAGAACAUCCGCAGUAGUCUUUCCGAAAAGUUUUCCAAUGACACCGCUUAUGUGGACGCGAUGGCAGCAGCUUUUACCAAAUGUGAGCCCCAAUCACAACGGCGUCUUGCAGCCAUCCAGCAAUCGCAGCAACAACACAAAUGCAGUCCCUUCUCGGCGAUUGUUCUCGGUUGCACAUACAUGGAGUACUUUAAGAACUGCCCCGUAAAUCGAUGGACGCAGAAUGCGGAAUGUGCCUUGGCUAAGACAUAUGUUACUCAAUGUGGAUUGGGGGCUUAGACUUUUGUUUGUUCAAAAAAUAUAUAAUUUUAAAUAGAAAA